AUGAUGUGGAAGACCUUCCUUAUGCUCCUCUGCUCCGCAGCGGCUGACGAGUUCCUAAGCCUCAAGCGUGGCAUCUCGGCCAGAUGCCUCCUCCAAGGUUGGGCUGACGAUGCGCAAGAAAGCGACAUUGUGAAGGCAGCCCAGGACUGCUUCACGCGGAACGAAGUGCAAACGAGCAACCUCGGCGAGCUGCAAGGGACCUUGGGGGUUGCCACUGGUUGUGUGGCGAGCAACUUGGACGCUAAGUGGGGAUGGCGUCCGGAACUUGCCGGCUCGGGCUCCAACACUGGUGGCCCCUACGACGUCUACGGCGAGGGGCUGACCCUGGUGGGUGUGGAGACUCCCUCCGGUAGCUGGCAGUUCAUGCUAAGGAAGCCUUCGGCUUCGCAAGGGGGUGCCUCGCACGUGGCCGUGACGGUGCACAGCUACCACCGCGGCGAUGCCACCCCCCAGCAGGAAACGGAUCUCAUCCACUUCGCCGACUCCUGCUUCAGCAAGGAGGAUGUCGACACCUCCAACCUUGGCAGCUUGCAGUUCUCCCUGCUCAAAAAUGUGGACUGCGUGCUUCAGAAAUGCUUGGAGGCUUGGGGCUUCAAGCCUGAGUUCGCAGACUCUGGCUCAGACAACGGCGGCCCGUACGACGCGUACGGCCUCGGGGCCACGGUGAUCGGGGUAGAGUCCCCUUCGGGCAAGUGGGAGUUCGUGCUGAGGCUGAAGAAUUGA